UACAUAAAUUUGCAUAAUCACCCGGCUGCCUCUCCGGGCCAGUGAGCACAGCUCGGCCUUGUCAAUAGCCCGUGAGAGCUGCACCCCCUCCGCGGCCAACACCUCCCCGGCCCGGACACCUUCCUCCGGCCCUGCUCAGGCUCCCUCUGUCUCCAGCCAUGGCAGCACGGGUGGUUCAGCGGGACGGCGCCGAGCACUACCUCUUCGUGGACCGGGACUCGGUGGGGAACCCGGCCACGCAGGCGGACUGGACGGCCAAGCGGCUGGUGUGGGUGCCCUCGGAGCGGCAUGGCUUCGAGGCGGCCGGCCUGCGGGAGGAGCGGGGCGACGAGGUGCUGGUGGAGCUCGCGGAGAAUGGGCGCCAGGUGCUGGUGCCCAAACACGAGGUGCAGAAGAUGAAUCCCCCGAAGUUCUCCAAGGUGGAGGACAUGGCCGAGCUGACCUGCCUCAACGAGGCCUCCGUGCUGCACAACCUCAAGGACCGCUACUACUCCGGCCUCAUCUAUACAUACUCAGGGCUGUUCUGUGUGGUCAUCAACCCCUACAAGAACCUGCCCAUCUACACGGAGCAGAUCGUCGAGAUGUAUCGGGGCAAGAAGCGACAUGAGAUGCCGCCCCACAUCUACGCCAUCUCAGAGGCUGCCUACCGCAGCAUGCUGCAGGACCGAGAGGAUCAAUCCAUCCUGUGCACGGGCGAGUCCGGCGCUGGGAAGACGGAGAACACCAAGAAGGUGAUCCAGUACCUGGCGCACGUGGCCUCCUCCCACAAGGCCCGCAAGGAGCAGAGCAUCCCGGUGCAGGAGCUGCAGAUCCGGGCCAGCGAGGCCGAGCGAGCCAAGGCCGAGCUUGCCGACCGCGUGGGCAAGCUGCAGAGUGAGCUGGACAGUGUAUCGGGAGCCCUGGGCACCACGGAGUCAAAGACGAUCAAGCUCACCAAGGAGCUGGCCAGCACGGAGUCCCACCUGCAGGACACCCAGGAGCUGCUGCAGGAGGAGACGCGGCAGAAGCUGGCGCUGAGCUCACGGGUGCGGCAGCUGGAGGAGGAGAAGGCCGCCGUGCUGGAGCAGCUGGAGGAGGAGGAGGCUGUGAAGGGCAACCUGAGCCGCCAGAUCCAGGGCCUGCAGCAGCAGGUGGUGGAGGCCCGGCGGAAGCUGGAGGAGGACGCGGGCACGGCGGAGGCGCUGGAGGAGGCCCGGCGGCGGGCGGCCCGGGAGCUGGAGCUGCUGGGGCAGCGCUGGGAGGAGAAGGCGCAGGCGGCCGAGAAGCUGGAGAAGAGCCGGGCGCGGCUGCAGCAGGAGCUGGACGAUGCCAGCCUGGAGCUGGGCCAGCAGCGCCAGGCUGUGGCCAACCUGGAGCGCCGGCAGAAGAAGUUCGACCAGAUGCUGGCGGAGGAGAAGCUGGUGUCGUCACGCCAUGCGGAGGAGCGGGAUCGGGCCGAAGCUGAGGCCCGGGAGAAGGAGACCAAGGUGCUGUCGCUGAGCCGGGCCCUGGGGGAGGCGCUGGAGCUUCGGGAGGAGCUGGACCGGCAGAACAAGCAGCUUCGGGCCGAGCUGGACGACCUGGUCAGCUCCAAGGACGACGUUGGCAAGAACGUCCACGAGCUGGAGCGGUCGAAGCGAGCGCUGGAGCAGCAGGUGCAGGAGAUGCGGGCGCAGCUGGAGGAGCUGGAGGACGAGCUGCAGACCACGGAGGAUGGGAAGCUGCGGCUGGAGGUGACCCUGCAGGCCAUGAAGGCGCAGCACGAGCGGGACCUGCAGAGCCGCGACGACACCAACGACGAGAAGAAGAAGCUGCUCUCCAAGCAGGUGCGGGACCUGGAGCAGGAGCUGGACAGCGAGCGGAAGCAGCGGGCCCAGGUGGUGGCGGCGCGGAAGAAGCUGGAGCUGGACCUGCAGGAGGUGCUGGGGCAGAUCGACGCCGCCAACAAGGGGCGCGAAGAGGCCGUCAAGCAGCUCCGCAAACUGCAGGCCCACAUGAAAGAGCUGUGGCGGGAGGUGGAGGAGUCGCGCACGUCCCGCGAGGAGAUCUUCCUCCAGUCCAAGGAGAACGAGAAGAAGCUGAAAAACUUGGAGGCGGAGCUACUUCAGCUUCAGGAGGAGCUGGCGGCAGCUGAGCGAGCCAAGCGGCAGGCGCAGCAGGAGCGCGACGACCUGGCCGACGAGCUGGCCAAUGGCGUCAGCGGCAAGUCGGCGCUGCUGGACGAGAAGCGGCACCUGGAGGCCCGGAUCGGGCAGCUGGAGGAGGAGCUGGACGAGGAGCAGAGCAACGGGGAGCUGCUGAAUGACCGUUACCGCAAGCUGAGCCUGCAGGUGGAGACGCUGACGACGGAGCUGGGGGCCGAGCGCAGCUUCUCGCAGAAGGCGGAGAACGCCCGGCAGCAGAUGGAGCGGCAGAACAAGGAGCUGCGGGCCAAGCUGGGCGAGCUGGACUCCUCCGUCAAGGCCAAGUACAAGCUGACCAUCGCCACCCUGGAGGCCAAGGUGGCCCAGCUGGAGGAGCAGUUGGAGCAGGAGUCCAGGGAGCGGAUCCUGUCGGGGAAGCUGGUGCGCCGGGCGGAGAAGCGGCUGAAGGAGGUGGUGCUGCAGGUGGAGGAGGAGCGCCGGAGCGCCGACCAGUUCAAGGACCAGGUGGAGAAGGGCCACAUCCGCCUGAAGCAGCUGAAGCGGCGGCUGGAGGAGGCGGAGGAGGAGGCGUCGCGGGCGAACUCCAGCCGGCGCCGCAUGCAGCGGGAGCUGGACGACGUCACCGAGUCGGCCGAGUCCAUGAACCGCGAGGUCACCACGCUGCGCAACCGGCUCAGGCGCGCCCCCCUCACGUUCACCACCCGCACGGUGCGUCAGGUCUUCCGGCUGGAGGGCGUCUCAGAUGAUGAGGCCGACGGGCCCGAUGCAGGGACCCCGGACCCCGAACACCAGCCGCAGCCCCCAGCGGCCGAACCUCCCGCCCCGUGAGGGGCCCCAGGACUGGGGCUGCAUGGAUGGGGCCCCCCGGCACAAUGACAAAGCCAGGCUCAGCACUGGGCCUUGGGCCCUAUCCCGGCCCCCCAUGCUGGGGGCUGCUCGCAUAUCAGCCAGCACUUUAGAGGGGGGGUCUGGGGGGGUGGCUGCAGCCUAGCUCAAUCCCCUAUGAAAUAACCCCCCUGCCCCCCACCAGGGUCUGACUGCCGGGGGGCACAGCAAUGGUCCCCCCUUCUGGGAUCUCUUGUGUCCCCCCCCGACCCAGCACUCCCCCUGGACUGGGAUCCCCUGCCCCCAUCCCCAGCACCCCAACCUAGGAUCCCCCCCGGACCCAGCACCCUCCCUACAGCCUGGGAUACUCCCCUGACCCAGCUACCCCCCCACCCCCUGUCUGUUCAGCCCCAGGACUAGAGGGGCAAGCUGGGCACAUUCCCCCCCCCUUUCCCCCCCGUUGUGCUCCCCUGUGGGGUGGGGCUGGCCAGGGGUGCCUCCUACGCCCUGGAAGUAUCAGGCACUGAAGGGUUAAUGGGCUCCAGGAGGCCAAACUCCCCUUCAGAGCUGGUCCUGGGCCCCGUGGCGAGACCCCUCACAUGCCGCGUGUAUCACCCCCAGGUGCUGGGUCCUGCUCCCCGCACCUGGGAGUGCCCCAGCCUCCGGCCCGGCCCUCAAAGGCACCCUGGAGUCUCAUUGGCUUUAGCCGCAGCUGGGGCCCGACUUUGCCCCUCCAGGGGGUUGGGUUGCUGCAGGGCUGAGACCUCUGCACAGAGCUGUCGGGGUCACACCCGUGAGCUGCCCCCCUGGCCCAGCUAUCCCCCUCCCUGCCCUCUGGAGCCACCCCCGGGCCCAUCUACCCCGGCAUCCUGCUUCCCCUGCCCUUUGGAGCCACCCCCGGGCCCAUCUACCCCGAUAUCCUGCCUCCCCUGCCCUCUGAAGCCAUCCCCGGGCCCAGCUACCUCGAUAUCCUGCCCCCUCUAUGCUCUCUGGAGCUGCCCCCAGGCUCAUCCAUCCCAAUAUCUUGCCCCCCCACCCUCUGGAGCCACCCCCGGGCCCAGCUACUCUGGUAUCCCUCCUCCCCCACCCUCCAGAGUCACCCCCAGGCCCAUCUACCCCGGUAUCCCGCCUCCCCCACCCUCCGGAGCCACCCCCGGGCACAGCUACCCUGGUAUCCUGCCCUCCAGAGCCACCCCUGGGCCCAUUUACCCCAAUAUCCUGCCCUCCCCGCCCUCUGGAGCCAACCCCGGGCCCAGCUACCCCAGUAUCCCGCCCUCCGGAGCCACCCCCGGGCCCA